AUGGACCUCGACGAGACCAUGACGACCUCAACCUCCUCCACCCCGUCAGCGCUUCAAGAUACCACCGAGAUCGACGAGUCCUUCGAAGACGACAGCCUGUUUCCUGAGCCCACCGACAACAACGGCGGCGGCGACGGCGGCACCGACCAUCCACGAACACCACCGGCAAGCGACCACCUCAGUGCCUCUGCACCAGGCGACCUAUCUCCACCACUGUCGCAGCCACAAUCUCAGAGCGACGAGGGAGCAGUGUCGACGACUCAAGCAAGAGGCGCAGGAACAGGAUCAUCCAUGCCGAAUGGCAGCCACGUGGGCGCAAACAUAGCUGCGACUAGAAGUGCGCCGAGAUCUACAGCACCAUCUGCGAUCGAUGCGGCCCAACGAGGGGAAGAGCCGACCGAAUCCCAGGCACCAAACAGCAACGAGCGAGAUGAGCGGCCAGGGUGGGGAUGGAAGAACAAGAAGGCCCAGGAAGAGCUGCAGCGUGCUUGGGACAGCAUCAUCGACCGGGAUUUCAAUCUUAAGGAAUACGGCGACGUGGUGAUGCUGGGCAAGGCACAGUUGGCGCAGCAAUGA